UGCGGCCGGCGGCCGAGGGGCGGGGCAGGCCGGGUGGAGCCGCGCUCUCGAUCCGGAGGAGGAUCCGCCGCGGAGUUACGGGAAAGUUGGUCCGGAGUUCCUGGAGUUUCCCUGUGUGGUUCCCCGGGCUCUGCUCCUUUUCUCUCUCCGGCCUUCACCGCCUCCCAGGUCCCUCCUUCUGCCCCCAACCGCCAUGGAGCAGCCGCCGGCGCCCAAGAGCAAGCUAAAAAAGCUGAGUGAAGACAGUUUGACUAAGCAGCCUGAAGAAGUUUUUGAUGUAUUAGAGAAACUUGGGGAGGGGUCUUAUGGAAGUGUAUUUAAAGCAAUACAUAAAGAAUCUGGUCAAGUUGUGGCAAUUAAACAAGUACCCGUUGAGUCAGAUCUUCAGGAAAUAAUCAAAGAAAUUUCCAUAAUGCAGCAAUGUGACAGCCCAUAUGUCGUAAAGUACUAUGGCAGUUACUUUAAGAACACAGACCUCUGGAUUGUUAUGGAGUAUUGUGGAGCUGGCUCUGUCUCAGACAUAAUUAGAUUACGAAACAAGACAUUAACAGAAGAUGAAAUUGCAACUAUUCUUAAAUCUACUUUGAAAGGACUAGAGUAUUUACACUUCAUGAGAAAAAUACACAGAGAUAUAAAAGCUGGAAAUAUUCUCCUCAAUACAGAAGGGCAUGCAAAAUUGGCAGAUUUUGGAGUGGCUGGUCAGUUAACAGACACCAUGGCAAAACGCAAUACUGUGAUAGGAACUCCCUUUUGGAUGGCUCCUGAGGUAAUUCAAGAAAUAGGCUAUAACUGUGUGGCUGACAUCUGGUCCCUUGGCAUUACUUCUAUAGAAAUGGCUGAAGGAAAACCUCCUUAUGCUGAUAUACAUCCGAUGAGGGCUAUUUUUAUGAUUCCCACAAAUCCACCACCAACAUUCAGGAAGCCAGAACUUUGGUCUGAUGAUUUCACCGAUUUUGUUAAAAAGUGCCUAGUGAAGAAUCCUGAGCAGAGAGCUACUGCAACACAGCUUUUACAGCAUCCUUUUAUCAAGAAUGCCAAACCUGUGUCGAUCUUAAGAGACCUGAUCAUAGAAGCUAUGGAGAUUAAAGCUAAAAGACAUGAAGAACAGCAGCGAGAACUGGAAGAGGAGGAAGAAAAUUCGGAUGAGGAUGAGCUGGAUUCCCACACCAUGGUGAAGACCAGUUCAGAAAGUGCCGGCACAAUGAGGGCCACGAGCACGAUGAGCGAAGGGGCCCAGACCAUGAUCGAGCACAGCAGCACUAUGUUAGAAUCCGACCUGGGGACCAUGGUUAUAAACAGUGAGGAUGAGGAAGAAGACGACGGAACUAUGAAAAGAAAUGCAACUUCACCACAAGUACAAAGACCAUCAUUCAUGGACUACUUUGAUAAACAGGACUUCAAGAAUAAGAGUCAUGAAAACUGCAGUGAGAACAUGCACGAACCAUUCCCUAUGUCCAAAAAUGUUUUUCCUGAUAACUGGAAAGUUCCUCAAGAUGGAGACUUUGACUUUGUACAUAGAGGCUCCUGCAUUCUCCCUUCCCUCCCCAUAGAAGUAUCCACUGCUCUUACUUUUGUGGUGAUUAUUCUCUUUCUUCUCUUUGUAACAGUUAAAAAAUCUAAGUUUAGAAGAAUUACAGAUGCGGUUAAAAGCGCUGGACCCCAUGAUGGAACGAGAAAUAGAAGAGCUUCGUCAGAGAUACACUGCGAAAAGACAACCCAUUCUGGAUGCAAUGGAUGCAAAGAAAAGAAGGCAGCAGAACUUCUGAGUUUGAUUUUUUUCUGUUUCUUUAACUUUUCUGGAGACCAAGAAACCACUAAGAAUUAGAGGAAUAUUCUGAUCAUUUUUUAAUUUCUAAGAUUUAUGCUCUACAACUAGACAAUAGUCAAAAACUGAUGAUGGUACAUACCCAGAAAUUCCCAAAAGGCAGAAUUUACAACUGUAUCCACUAUGUUUUCAUUCUUCUUAAAUGAUGAAAACAACAGAAAUGUGUUCUUUAGAUCUGUCAGCUGCAUACCAGCACUAAAACUAUGUUAUAAAAUGAAGGCUGUGUUUAGAGACUUUGAAAAUCCAAAACUGUUGUUUAAUUGUACAGCACUGAAGGGCUUUAUGUUACAGUAUUCUUUAUUGUUAUCUAGUAGGCUAUUUAUUGUAUCCCCUUAGGUAAACUUAUUUAUUUAUGCUAUUUCACUUUGUUCUGUCUUUAAGGACAAGAUUGGGAUAGCUUUGGUGAAAGUAAGAGCAUGUUAAUAGUUGAUAAUAUGCAACCAAAUUAUACUUUAAGCAGGCAACUAUGUGGUACAUUCCUUUAUUUCCAGGAUAGUUUUCCAAUAGAAGUAAAGCAAUAAUAGCAGUCCUACCCAAGUGGGCCAGGCAUUUUUUAUACUGAAGCAAUAAUUCCAUUUUUACCUUCUGAAAUUUUAUUUAAUUUUUUUAUUUGUGGUAUUUGGUACAAACAAUAUAUAUUUAGGUCAGACAGUUAUAAUGUUUAAAACCAAAGAAAUCAAUGGAAUCCUUGCACAAAAAAGUAUGAUAAUUAUUUUAAAAGAAAUAAAUCUUUAAGACAAAUGUAAUUUGUUAAUAUUGUUUCAUGUUUCAUGUGUAGGUCUAAUAGCUGGACUGUAUCAAAUUGUAAUCAGCUCAUCAAAUUUAUUUCUGUGAGAAUGUGCUCAAUUGUCACAGGACUUUUUUUGUUGAUUUCAUUUAUUUCCUGGGAAUUGGUAAACAUCAUGUGCCUAAUGAUAAUGAAAUAGCAAAAGCAUUUAUACAGAACUGUGCAAGCCUUGGGGACUAAAAUAAAAGCUAAAACUAUUAAAAAGAUACUCAUUUUUAAGCUGAAUGAACAUUUACAUGAUUGAACUGGGACCAGUCAUUUCCUAAGCUACAUAUGGCCAUCUUGAUGGUGUUUGUUCUUCUGUGGGUUUAAUUACUUUGUAUAAAUCAUAAAGACAAAUAAAUUUUACUGUGCCACCUA